GACAAAGAAACGCCAGUUAGGAAGAAGUAGAAGGUCCAAUAAGUGGUAAGAUAAAAACAAAAAAGCGGUGUGGUAGAUUUCAUAAUUUCCAGUAUUUGUACUAAUCUCCCCAACUUUUAACUAGCACCAGUCGGCAAAUUUUGUCGAAGCGCGUGCAUCGCACUCGAGACCAAUAACAAUAACAAUGGGCGUGAAAAUAACAUUGUAAUUUCCAUCAAAAUUCAAGGGCAAUUCUCUUCUCCUCUUCAACAUCUUCACCACUAUAUAUGUGCAUUUCUGUAUAUCAACGUGUUUAUUUGGUCAACAAUUGUUUAGAUUUGGAGAAUCCAACACACUAGAGGUCUUCUUUCGAAGAGAUGGGAUCAGAUGAGAAAGUUCAUGUAUUUGAGGAGGUUGCUAAGCACAACAAGACCAAAGAUUGUUGGCUUAUCAUGAAUGGCAAGGUGUAUGACGUAACUCCAUUCAUGGAAGAUCAUCCAGGUGGUGAUGAAGUUUUGCUUUCAGCAACAGGGAAAGAUGCAACGAAUGACUUUGAAGAUGUUGGCCACAGUGAUUCCGCAAGAGAGAUGAUGGAUAAAUAUUACAUUGGAGAGAUUGAUAAGUCAACAGUUCCUCUAAAACGUGCUUACAUUCCUCCACAACAAGCCCCGUACAAUCCGGACAAGACGUCAGAUUUUGUUAUCAAAAUUUUGCAAUUUCUUGUGCCCCUCUUGAUUUUGGGCUUAGCAUUUGCUGUGCGUUACUACACCAAGGAGAAGUAAAUCUGUGGCAAUCUAAUUCUGAUUGACAAACGCCUUCUGUUUGAUUUAUGAAGCUGAUUGGCACUUGGUUUAUAAUUCAUUAAGGAGCUGCAGUAGCUGAACUUGAUACUUAGUUUGUUUGUGGCCUCACAGUUGCCAUUCGCAGUAACCCCUUGUAAACAAUAGACUUCACUGGGUUUUGUUUAUGAUAUUUGGCAGACGUCCUUCUCCAUUCUGAAUAAUUUCUGUAUUGCAUCAAUCUAUACAUAGAAAGUUUAGCUGCA